AUGCCUGCCGUUCAAACUCCAUCUCAGCGUCGUGCAAAUGCUCAAUUUCAAAAGAAUAUUACUCGACGCGUAAAAACAAACUCAAAAGACCACGGAGUUGCUAAGCAUCCUCCCAGCAUGAUUCGUCGUAAUAUAGCCCUUUUCUUUUUGAUUAUUAUGUGCGCUGGUGCCGUCUUGACGUUCUUACGCUUCUUUUUUUAA